AUGGAUCGGUACCUACUGCUGGUGAUCUGGGGGGAAGGAAAAUUUCCAACGGUGGCCAGUGGGGAGACGGAGCAUGGGCCAGAGGACUCGUCGGUUGAAGGUUCCGGAAAGCAGCCGGACUUCACAGCAGCAAAUGUUUAUCACCUCCUAAAAAGAAGCAUUAGUGCUUCAGUUAAUCCAGAGGAUAGUACUUUCCCUGCCUGUUCAGUGGGCGGUAUACCCAGUUCCAAGAAGUGGUUCUUUGCAGUGCAAGCAAUAUGUGGAUUUUAUCAGUUUUGUAGUUCUGAUUGGCAAGAGAUACAUUUUGAUACAGAAAACAAUGAAAUUGAAGAUGUUCUUCAAACAAAUAUCGAAGAAUGUUUGAGUACUGUUGAGUGUUUUGAAGAAGAAGAUAGUAACAGCAAGGAAUUGAUGUCCUUGGCUGAUCUCUAUGAAGAAUCUGCAGAAAAUUUGCAUCAGUUAUCAGACAAGCUUCCUGCUCCUGGUAGAGCAAUGAUAGAUGUAAUACUAUUGCCCUCUGACAAAGAUCCUCCUAAAUUGAAAGACUGUUUACCUACCAUAGGAGCAUUAAAACAUUUGAAGGAAUGGUAUUCCGCAAAAGUUACUAUAGCAGGAAAUCACUGUGAAAUAAAUUGUCAGGAAAUUACAGAAUACCUUUCUGCUAAUGUUGUAUCAUUAGAAGAUCUCAGAAAUGCUAUUGACCCAAAGGAAAUAUGGAGGGGAAAGAUUCAGAUAUGGGAAAGAAAGUUUGGAUUUGAAAUUAAUUUUCCGGAAUUUUGUUUAAAGGGAGUCACACCUAAGAAUAUUAGUAUGUCUAAUUUAAAUACUUGCUUUCUUGCCAAAAAGACAAUACCAUCAAAGGAUAAGAAUAUUUUGCCAAAGGUUUUCUAUUACUACGGCCCUGCUUUAGAAUUUGUGCAGGUGAUAAAAUUAUCAGAUCUACCUUCCUGCUAUAUGUCCGACAUUGAAUUUGAGUUAGGAUUGACAAAAAAUACAAAACAGAAUUCUGUGUUGCUGUUGGAACAGAUUUCUUCUCUGUGUGGCAAGGUUGGUGCUCUUUUUGUAUUGCCAUGUACUGUUAGUAAUAUACUUAUUCCACCUCCCAAUCAACUCAGCUCAAGAAAGUGGAAGGAAUAUAUAGCUAAAAAGCCUAAGACAAUCAGUGUUCCAGAUGUUGAAGUGAAAGGAGAGUAUUCCAGCUAUUAUCUCUUGUUACAAGGUAAUGGCAAUAGAAGAUGUAAAGCCACCUUAAUUCACUCAGCCAACCAGAUCAAUGGCUCAUUUGCACUCAGUUUAAUUCACGGAAAGAUGAAAACAAAGACAGAAGAAGCCAAAUUGAGCUUUCCUUUUGACUUAUCGCUUCCACAUUUUUUGGGAGAACAGGUUGUACAGAGAGAGAAACAGUUAGCUAAUAUUCAAAUUUUGGCUUUGAAAGAAUACCUGAAGAGGAGAAAAUUGGCAAAGCAGCCUGAAGCGAUUUCUGUUGAUGAACUCAAAAGUCUAUUAAUAUUCGCAACAGAACACUUUUUAGUUAAUUUUGAUGCUGUUAUUCCUAAAAUAAAUCUAAGACAGACAGACAAAAUUAAAACCUCCAAUAUGCUAAAUGAUGCCAGUCCAGUGGAACCUGAUUAUUCAAGUGUGAUGGAAACCAAUCCUCUGGAAUGGCCAGAAAAGCAUGUUCUUCAAAAUUUGGAAACUUUCGAAAAAGCUAAAGAAAAAAUGAGAACUGGUUCAUUACCCUAUUCAUCUGAACAGUUGCUGGGCCACAAAGAAGGUCCAAAGGAUUCAAUCACAUUACUAGAUGCUAAAGAAUUGUUGAAAUACUUUACCUCAGAUGGAUUACCAGUUGGAGACCUUCAGCCUUUACAGAUUCAAAAAGGAGAAAAGACUUUUGUUGUGACACCAGAACUUAGUCCUCGGAAACUUCGCGUCUUACCUUUUGAAAAAGCCUCAGUAUGUCAUUAUCAUGGAAUUGAAUACUGCUUGGAUGACCAAAAAGCUUUAGAAAGAGAUGGGGGAUUUUCUGAACUUCAGUCUCGUCUUAUUCGUUAUGAAACUCAAACUACCUGCACCAGAGAAAGUUUCCUGGUACCUACUGUGUUGAGCCCUCUUCCAUCACCUGCAGUUUUGUCAGAGCCUGGAAGUGUCCCUGAUGGAGAAGCUUUGCAAAGUGAACUCCAAACUGAAGUAUCCCGAUUGAAACGGCGAUCCAAAGAUCUGAAUUGCCUGUAUCCCAAAAGAAGGCUUGUGAAAUCUGAAAGUUCAGAUUCUAUUCUUUCUCAGACAAAUGACAAUAGUAGUCAUCAUCAUCAUGUGGUGACAUCCAGAAAGCCACGGGCAGAGAAGUCAUCAUCAAUAACUUGUCCGUUGGUUCCACUUCCUAGCAGUGAAACUCCAAAAGUCACCACAAAGGCCAGAUCAGGUCAAAAAAGUGUGCACGAAUCCAAAACAUCAACACAAAUUAAGGAAUCAAGAUCGCAGAAACACACACGGAUAUUGAAAGAAGUAGUUGCUGAAACCCUGAAGAAGCACAGCAUUACUGAGGCUCAUGAAUGUUUCAGUGCAUGUAGCCAGCGUCUUUUUGAAAUCUCUAAGUUCUAUCUAAAGGAUCUUAAAACUUCAAGGGGUCUGUUUGAAGAAAUGAAGAAGACAGCAAACAACAAUGCCGUACAGGUGAUCGAAUGGGUAUUAGAAAAGGCAAGCAAGAAGUGAUACAGAAUCAUUCUCUUUAGGGCAAUUAUAAAUUGGAGGAAGCUAUUAUUUACUACUUUAUUCCUUAGUUUGAAAAUUAUAAACAAAUUUCAAACUUUAUUCAAAGAAUAGUUACUAUAUUUCUAAAGAAUUUCAUAAAUAUGUAUCCUAUAUUUAUAUAGGAUUUAUAUAUUUAUUUGGGGA